AUGAGCAGCAUCCCAGUCGGCGCAGAUCCCGGAUCGUGCGGUGCCAAUUUCAAGAACGACCGUAAACGUCGGGACAAGAUCAACGACCGCAUCCAAGAGUUACUAAGCAUCAUACCGAGGGACUUCUUCAGGGACUACUACGGAAACUCCGGCAGCAACGAUACGCUGAGCGAGUCCACGCCGGGGGCUCUUGGACUAUCCAGUAAGACCAAGGGAACGGGAACCAAGGACGGCAAACCAAACAAGGGCCAGAUCCUCACACAGACGGUGGAGUACAUCUCGCACCUGCAGAGCCAGGUAGACCUGCAAAACCGAGAGGAGGUGGAACUGAUGAUGAAGGUUUCGCAGCUGGCCAAGCAGACGGGCACCAUCGUCAACGACAUUAACCUGGAGAACACCAGCGCUGAAGUCGCACUGUCCAGGAUCGGCGUAGGGCCCCUGGCCGCGACCUCCUCCUCUUCGAACGACGACUCGGCAAAGCCCCCAGCCAAGAAACUGAGCUCAUUUGAGUACGGAGGGUACGGUGAGUAUAGCGAUGGCACUUAG